CAAACGUUCACGCACUACGCAGCCGAACCGAACUACGUCACUCCGUACUCCGUUUGCGUUUGUAUCUUUCGACCUAACCUUAAAGAGCUGCGGCUUUGCUGUCCACAAAUUAUUUGAAAGAUAUAAAUUUCAAAGCCUAAUCGCGCACCUAGAGGACUAGAGCCGCAAGAUGUCGGAGCGCAAAGUUUUGAACAAAUACUAUCCACCGGAUUUCGAUCCGUCGAAGAUCCCGCGCAUGAAACUGGCGAGAAAUCGCCAGUACACCGUGCGACUGAUGGCACCGUUCAACAUGCGUUGCAAGACAUGCGGUGAAUAUAUCUACAAGGGCAAGAAAUUUAAUGCGCGUAAGGAGGACGUCGAGGGCGACGAUUAUCUGGGGAUACGCAUUUACAGGUUCUACAUUAAGUGCACCCGCUGCCUGCAAGAGAUAUCUUUCAAGACCGAUCCGAAGAAUACGGAUUACGAGAUAGAGGCAGGCGCCACGAGAAAUUUUAUGGCGUUGAAACUAGCUGAGGAACAGGCGCAAAGGGAGGAGGACGAGGAGAAAGAGGAAGAGGCCACCAAUCCGAUGAAACUCCUGGAAAAGAGAACGCUCCAAUCGAAGCAAGAGCUGGAGUUGUUGGAAUCUUUGGAGGAGUUGAAGGAUUUAAAUCGAAGGCAGCAGACCAUAGAUUAUGAUCAAAUGUUGGAACAAUACGACACCGCAGCUGCUAAACAGAGGACAGAAAAGGAACAAGAAGAAUUGGAUGAACGGUAUAUUAAAUCUGUAUUUGGCAAGAGACAAUUAACCGGGACUGUUGUGGAAGAAGAAGUUGAGGACCUGGAAGAAGAAGAAGAAAAAGUUCAACCUCCUACAAAAAUACUUAAAACAGAUGAAGCAAACGACAAAGAAACAGAAAAUUCUGGACAUUCUUUAAAACUUGCCAAAGCAUCAUUAUGGUCGGAAAAUACGGGAUUAUUAUCUAAUAAAAAGAAUUCGUCCGCUUUGGUCAAGAAAGGUAAUAUUGGUAUAAAGAUAAACGCAAGGUCGUCACAAAAUAAAACCUCCAUGAUCGAAAAUGCUAUUUCUCCCGACAAGAAAACAGUUUUACAGUUAGACCAAACACCUAACACUUCGACGAGUACAUCGAAUACAGUAAAUAUAGACACUAAGUCAGAUAAUGUCGGCAAUGGUCUCUCGUUAUUAGGUGCUUAUUCAGGUAGCAGCGAUAACGAUAGCGAAUAAAGGAAUAAAUAAAUUAAUAUAUUUUUUAUGUUAUAUAUUUUUAUUCAAUAGAAUAAAUAUUGUACAAAAUAAACGGGGUCUACAAAAACGCGCUCGUAUAAACACGUUAUUUGUCUCAAAAUAUGUGAUAUGUAUAUCACGUAAAAUUUUAGACUUAUUUUAGGUAUGUAUACACACGCGAAUUAUAGAUAUCUGACAUGCACAUGUAAAUAAUUUCUUGUUAAAUCCAAUAUAGUCGCAGGUUGAUACUUUAUAGGCUGUGCCGACGAUUACAGAGUUUCUUACAGGAUACCGAAGGCUCUACUCCUAAAACAUAAAAGGAUAAAUUAUCAGAAAUGU